UGCGAAUGACUGAGCAGCAGCGGCAGCCGCAGUAGUAGCAGUAAUCAUAAUAAUUGCAGACGCCGCCACAGCUGUUCGGGCUGCUUUUUUGGCUCUUUCCGCUGUCGCCAGCCUUGAACGGGUUGAGGGAGCGCAUCUUCGAGCUGCUUCUAAAGGACGGCUUGCUGCUGCAAAAAUAGUCCCCGAAAAUAAGGCACGUUCUUGUUGCUCUGGGGGCGCGCGGAGAGGAUGAAGCAAUGCCGAGAGUGGGCGCUGCUCUUUUUGGGGGUCGGCAGUCUCCUCGCCACCAAAGUAAACAAGCACAAGCCAUGGAUUGAAACAUCUUAUCAUGGAGUUAUUACUGAAAACAAUGAUACAGUCAUACUGGAUCCUCCAUUAGUUGCCUUGGAUAAAGAUGCUCCUGUUCCAUAUGCAGGUGAAAUCUGUGCUUUUAAAAUCCAUGGACAAGAAAUGCCCUUUGAAGCUGUAGUCCUAAACAAGACAUCUGGAGAAGGUCAGCUUCGAGCAAGAAGUCCAAUUGACUGUGAAUUGCAGAAGGAGUACACAUUUAUCAUUCAGGCAUAUGACUGUGGCACAGAGCCUAGUGGAACCAACUGGAAAAAAUCUCACAAAGCUGUGGUCCAUAUCCAAGUAAAAGAUGCUAAUGAAUUUGCACCUGCUUUUAAAGAAGCAUCUUAUAAAGCUACAGUGACAGAAGGAAAGAUCUACGACAGUGUAUUACAGGUAGAAGCCAUGGAUGAAGAUUGUUCCCCUCAAUACAGCCAGAUAUGCAAUUAUGAAAUUGUCACAACUGAUGUUCCAUUUGCCAUUGACAGGAAUGGGAAUAUCAGAAAUACUGAAAAGCUCAGCUAUGACAAAGAGCAUCAGUAUGAAAUAAUGGUAACAGCUUUUGACUGUGGGCAGAAGCGUGCAACUGAAGAUGUCCUGGUACGUGUUGAAGUUAAGCCUGUGUGUAAACCUGGAUGGCAAGACUGGAAAAGGCAUAUUGAGUACAAGCCUGGUUCUGGAAGCUUACCUUUAUUUCCCAUUAUUCACCUGGAGACAUGUGAUGGACCAGUUUCUUCUAUCCAUGCAACUGUUGAGCUUCAGACCAACUAUAUUGGAAAAGGCUGUGAUCGCGAGACAUAUUCUGAGAAAUCUCUGCAGAAAUUAUGUGGAGCAUCUUCAGGUGCCAUUGACCUAUUACCAACACACAGCACUACAAAUAACUGGACAGCUGGUCUUCUGAUGGACAGCAAUGAUAUGGUUUUUAAAUUUGAUGGAAAACAAGGUGCCAAAAUUCCUGAUGGAAUAGUACCAAAGAAUCUAACUGAUCACUUUACCAUCACCAUGUGGAUGAAACAUGGCCCAAGUCCAGGAUUAAGAGCAGAGAAAGAAACUAUUUUGUGUAAUUCUGAUAAGACAGAAAUGAAUCGACACCAUUAUGCACUUUAUGUGCAUAAUUGUCGACUAGUGUUUUUGUUACGGAAAGAUUUUGACCAAGCUGAUACCUUCCGUCCUGCAGAAUUUCACUGGAAGCUUGACCAGGUACAUAAAUUAGCUUUUAUUAUAAUAAUUACCUAAAAAUUCUCCCAUAGUGUUACAUGAAGAAUGUAUCCAUACAGUAGACUCUA